GCUCCUGGCUGUUUUUGGAUCUGCUUUUAAAGCGGAUUGAACCACCGAGUUGCGUUAACUAGGACUCACAAAACAACGUUUUUGUUCCAUUAAUUUUAAAAGAAAGACUGUUCUAUAUAGUCGUAAAUACUUAUGCAACGAGAUAUACAGUGAAAUGGCAGUUGCGUACACUCUUUGUAGGGAAUUCCUUGUGUUCUUUUCCCUCUGAAUUUGAGAGAGUGCAUUGAGAUCGAGGGGCGCCUGCUGUCCAUUGAAGCAAGAACCCUCAUGUUUUCGCCAAGCCAGGAGGAGCAGUGCGCCCCUACAAAAGACCCAAUAAAAUACGGGGAGUUGGUAGUAUUAGGGUACAAUGGCUCUCUCCCGAACGGAGACCGGGGCAGAAGGAAAAGCCGCUUUGCCCUGUACAAGAGAAGCAAAGCCAACGGUGUUAAACCCAGCACCGUCCAUAUCCUCAACACACCACAGGCCAGCAAGGCGGUGACCUGCAAAGGGCAGCACAGUAUUUCCUACACUCUGUCCAGGAACCAGACAGUAGUGGUGGAAUACUGCCAUGACAAAGACACAGACAUGUUUCAGAUUGGCCGCUCCACAGAGAGUCCCAUAGACUUUGUGGUGACGGACACUGUGUCUGGGGGUCAGGAGGGAGAUGAGACGCCCAUCACCCAGAGCACCAUCUCGCGCUUCGCCUGUCGUGUCGUCUGUGAGCGGGUCCUGCCCUACACCGCCCGCAUCUACGCUGCUGGCUUUGACUCCUCCAAGAACAUCUUCCUGGGGGAAAAAGCCGCCAAGUGGAAGAACCCGGAUGGUCACAUGGACGGGCUGACAACCAAUGGAGUGCUGGUGAUGCACCCCAGGGGUGGGUUCACAGAGGAGUCCAAGCCAGGAGUAUGGAGAGAGAUCUCUGUGUGUGGGGAUGUUUACACCCUGAGAGAGACCCGCUCUGCUCAGACCCGCGGCAAACUGGUGGAGUGUGAGAGCAACGUGCUGCAGGACGGUUCCCUGGUAGACCUAUGUGGAGCCACCCUGCUGUGGCGCACAGCUGACGGCCUCUUCCACACACCCACCCAGAAGCACCUGGAGGCCCUGCGGCAGGAGAUCAACGCAGCGCGCCCCCAGUGCCCUGUGGGCCUCAACACCCUAGCUUUCCCCAGCAUGCAGCGCAGCCGCGCCCUCUCCUCCCUGGAGGACAAGCAGCCCUGGGUCUACCUGGCCUGUGGCCACGUGCAUGGCUACCACAACUGGGGCCACCGCUCGGAACAGGAGCCCAGUGCCCAGCGGGAGUGCCCCAUGUGCCGGACCGUGGGCCCCUACGUGCCGCUGUGGCUGGGCUGUGAGCCUGCCUUCUACGUGGACGUGGGCGCCCCCACACACGCCUUUGUGCCGUGCGGUCACGUGUGCUCAGAGAAGUCGGCAAAGUACUGGGCGGAGAUCCCUCUGCCCCAUGGCACCCACGCCUUCCAUGCCGCCUGCCCAUUCUGUGCCACCCAGCUCAGCCUCACCCAGGGCUGUGCCAAGCUCAUCUUCCAGGGCCCCAUUGACUGAGCUGCGAGGCCCUGGGGUGGGGGAAAGAAUGAGGCAGGAGGGCCAACAUGCUGUGAAACUGUUCAGACUUUUUAGUGCUUUGUUUUUUUAUCACCAGACUGUAAAGAGGAGGAACGCUUCACAAGGUUGAUGGUGUACUACAACAGUGUGUUCCAAGUUUCCGUGGAGAUGGGCCUGAAGGCAGUGGUCCAUUACACAGUGUUUGGGCUUCUGGUCCUCUGGAUGGCCGCUGGCGUAGUGUACACAGCGAUGUGGACCUAAGGCACAACCACAGAAACCAUCAUACUCUUCAGCUGCCAGCCAUCAGCUUUCAACUCAACUGAGCUAACUCUCUGGACUGUGCAAGCUAAAAUGGCUGCUCAUUUCAAGUAGAAGGGCUACAAAACGUGUUUCUCGAUCGUAAACUCCAAACGGAUUACAGAGAGUAGGUGUAGUUAGGGUCUGUGGGGGUUGGGUGGGAUGGUUCAUGGUGGGUCUGAGGUGCAUGAUUUUCACAGAGCCAGACAGCUGGACUGUUGGCUGGGAGGAGGACCGAGCGAGCCAGCAAGGUUCAUGGGUAACUAGUUAAGUGCUCUCCAUUGGCUCCUCAGCUCUUAUCUGGUUUUUAAUGGUAUCCAGAACAUUUAGCCUUUCCAGAGGUGAGCUGAACUCUGUUCUGUUCAGGGAACAGAUCCUUAAAAGAAAACAAGUGUUUUUCUCUCCUCUUGUACAGAGAUGUAUCCAGUGCCUGGGGCUCCCAGUAAAACCCUGGGAAUAUUUUUACUAAAUGAAAAAAGCUAUUUUGUUGAGGGUUAUUAAGGGAGGGGGAGAGUUUUACAUAAAGUAUAAAGAAAUUUAACCCACAGAAUAUUUUCCAUCUUUUUAUUCUUUGUUAAGAAGUAUUUUACUACACUGAGGUGUACAUUUUUUUGUAUUUUAUUUUUUAUGAAAAUGUUAAUAUAUUUUUCUCUUGUAACUAUUGUGUGCAUGUAGGUUGGAUCACAUGGGUGUGCUUGAAUGUGUCAACACCGGCUCAUACGGAGAAAUUAGUCCCUUGUGACGUAACCACCAAAAGGCAACAACAGGCCACUGGCAUCAACCUUGUGGGUCAUGACAAUGAAUCUAUUAAAAUACAUACUCUCCUCACCAUUGGCGCUUUAGCCUAAAUUAUGCAAUUGCUUUGCUGAAUGGCUAUAGGUCUGUUCCUUAAUAUACUGUAAAACUCUGGUGUCUCAUAUCAGUAAGGCCUUUGUCAACUCUUGUGAAAUAGAUGAACUUUUGGAAGUGUAACUCACUCACACCUGUGAGCUUUCUUUAGUCUUUUCCCAUACUCAGUGUGCACUGUUGAAUUUGUAGCUUUAUCUCAUGCUGGGUUUUAUCCAAUGAUUUUUGUCUGCUCCCAAACCUGGGCACAGUCACUGCAGCAUUGAUGGAUUAUACCAAAUAUAAAAUGAGUUUUCUCUCCUGAUGCAACAACUGCUUCCUGCAACGCAAAGUGUUACUGUACGCAAAUUAAAAACCUAAUUGCUA